GUUGGACUCCAAUGACGAACGAAAUAAAUGGUGCAUCUAUAUAUAUCUCAAAGUUGAUGAAACUAAUAAACUAAUCUAUCUUCUUUCUCCCUCAGCUCCUGGUUGCAAACAAAGUAGCUAAGUUCUCCGGCCGGUCUUUUUGGGACUGAAUCAUGGCUACUUUUGAAGUAGAUAAAGUCCAUAGAGCAAGGAUAAUUGAAAACCGUGCAAAAUGUGUCUACAAUAAUAUACCGGGUGCGUAUGUUAACAAAGUGAACUGGGUUGAUGAAGGAGUUGUCUCGAAGAAAGUAGGAAAUCAAGGAGACGUGCCCUCAUGCUGGAUAUGGAACUCAGUCAAGGGGUUCGAAGGUGUGUACCAGCAAUCAGACCCUCAACAAAUACCUCUUGAGUUCUCGGUACAAGAGGGGUCAAAGUUCUAUGGGGUACACUACAGGCUUGAUGACUGGAGGACACUGUUGGAUGAUGAGACAGAAAUACUAAAUGCAUUGGAGAAACAGCCUGUGAUAAUAAGCGUACCUUAUACUAGCGCUCUAGUUUCGUAUGACGGCCCAAAUUUGUUCCACGAAAAAGAAUUGAAGGUUCACACAUGGGAUGAGUUCCAAAGCUUCUUGAAUGAUAAUCACUAUAAAGACAAAACUCUCAUUGUCCUUCUAUAUUCCAGCGCCGGUCUUGAUCAUCCUCAAUCCAUUGAAGAGGAGUUCUCCCACGUUGGAAAAGCAUAUGAAUACGAUGAGGAUUUCGUGUUAUUAAAGAUUGAUCUUGAUACUGCUGAUUUUAACGCAAAAUUAUGGUUUCAUAUCCGUGCAUCACAGGGCCUAUUCGUGUUCAAGCCCAAGCCUAAUGGACCAAGAGAGUUCAUAGAUGCAAGGAGAUGCAAAGUCCAAGCCCGGGAUCUUGAUUUCUAUCACAUGACCCGAUGGCUCGGAGAAGAGGCCGGAGGAUUCUCAUCAGCUUAUCUAUGAAAGUUAAUGUUAUUGUGAGGCUAAAGCUGAUAUUCAACAAGAGCAAAUGGGAGCUUAAUUUUUGAGAUUUUUGACUUGGAAUGUUGGGCAGAUCAAUUUGGAUUAAACACUACUCUGAAUUGUUUUAUAUAUUUUGUGAAACUUUCGUUGUUGUGGGCAGUACAGCUCAACAUAAAUCUGGUUUGGUUAU